AAGAAAAAAAAUCAUCUGAGCCACUCUCUGUGAACGCUUUCCCUGCUGGCAGCUCAGAGGGGUGUGGCACAAAUGGAGAUAAGAGUAUUAGGGGAUGUAAUGUUUCUGAGGAGGUUCCUCUUUUCUUUUUCUGUUCAAGCCUAAUACAUGGCAGUGCCAGUCAGUCUGGCUCCAUCAGCCUGUGAUGUAGAGCUCCUUGGUUCUGGAGACGAACAGGGUCUUUUUACCCUGGAGUCUUUUGCUGACUUUUUGUUGGAGGAGGGACAGAUUUGGAACUACUGAAGAUCUCCAAGCCUCCAGAAAGCCCUUUAUCAGACGCCUCAGGAACCCAGCCAAAAGCCCACUGGAGAAGAAGGCAGGACUGGCCACAGUGAUCCUUUGGAGCUCAUGGUCUAGCGAUGGACAGUUGGACUCUCCAGGGGGACAGUUACUCCUUUAAGCGCAGUGUGCCCCGCACAUUUUCCCUGUGCCAUCGUGAGGGUACCCCUAACCACGUUGAAAUCUUUGACAUUAUCAACAUUCCCGCUCAGAGGAGUGUCAUCUCUGAGACCACCUGCCUCUGUGACAUUUUUGGAGUCGACGGUGAGUCAGCAUCGCUCUCAAGCAGCCCAGCUGCAGUGCCCUUUGUCCCUUCUCAGACAGAGGUGAAUGACUGUGCUGCUGCAUCACCAUCCGUGGAUGAUGUGAAUGAUUCUUCUGGCAGCUAUCACACUGCACCAGGGUCGAGUGAGGGAGAGGAGGGCUUUGAUGAUUCAAGAGAAAGGUAUUAUAGCCCUGUCUGGCAAAAAGAGUCAAUUGAUGGGAGGCAAUCAGAUGAAAAAGGAUUGAACUCUGAACAUUCACAGGUUUCAGAGGAUAGCAUUUCAAAUUCUGAACCAAAAAUAAACCCUGUACUCCUGCAAAAUACAAAUACCCCUUCAUCCAUCACCCCAUCCUCUCAAAGCCUUAAUAGUGGCCAGACAACGCCCUCUCCUGGAUCUAUCAGCCCAUGCAUCUUUAAUCCAGAAGGAAGGUUGUCAUCAUUGUCUUCUUCCUCAGCUGAAAAAGGACUCUUACCUCUGACACCUGGCACCCAGGGAGCCCAAACUGAAACUGAACCAAGCACAAUAACUCCUCCAUUCAAAGACAGACACCGUGCCUCAAUUCAGUCUUUGAGUCCAUCACUUCCACAAGACUUGCAUGAACCGAUAGACAGCCAGUCGCAUCAAAACAACAGUUCAACUUGUGAGGCCCAUAUCCAGUUAUCUCAGGAUUAUACAGACCUGAAAUCUACAACCAUCUAUUCGUCUUCCCAGCGUGAAGAUUCCAAAUCUCCCUCUGAGAGACAGUUCGUCUUCCCUGAGCACAGAAAUACUUCUCCCAGAACACAAGUGUCAUCCCCUUUCUCAGAGUUAGGAGGGAGAGUUUCUGUACCUGAUCUAUUUAGUAGAGGUUCUACCCCUGAUAGAAACGAUUCUGGCAACACCACUGAACUUAUUUCUGAUCUUUCCACUGCUGAAAGAGAUACCACAUCCAUUACUGAAAGCCAGGACACAGGAUUGUCAACAGGACAAGGUAGCUCUCUUUCUACACCAGGCCUUGAGUAUACACCCCCUUCUUCUGUCAUUUCAACAGCCUCAUCUCCUGAACUUCUAGAGGCAGCAGUUUCAGCUGGAAUAAAUAGCACAGGGACCUCACCUCAGUUACUUAGUCCCGCCUUUCCAGUCAGUCUGUCAAGAACUCCACCCCUUGCUGCCUCACCUGUAAUACAAAACAAUUUAGAGUGUUCUGAGAGCAGAAGCCAAGUGUCUUCACCUGUGGUUAUUAAUAGUUUAUCUCCAUUAUCUAGAGUGCAUCAGAACAACGCUCCUUUAGAGGAGAGAUAUACCACCCCAUCACCUGAAAUAAGAAUUAUAUCCUCCUCUCCAGAGCCCGUGAGAGAAGAGCAACAAUCACAAGAAAAUCCAUCACUAGAACUUCAGCAGAGCAGCUCACCUUUAGAGGAAAGAUACUCUUUGCCAUCACCUGAGGCAGGUGUUGUAUCACCAUCCCUAGAGCUCUUUUGGAAUGAGCAGACCUCUCAAGUAAAAUCAGCAUCAAAGUCUCCUCUCUCUGAGCCCCACGUUUGCCCCCCCUCACCAAGAAGCUUUACUUACCCUGCUCAAAUCACGGGUGUGUCCUAUUCUGUUAUUCAGCCUGAGGACAGGACCAGUCCUCCAUUUCCUGAACUCUCUCAUAUCUCCUCCCCAAAUCCAAACGAGUUUCAGUCCCCUGAAUCUGGUAAAGACAGUUCAGACACCAGUGCAGCAGAGUCGACAAGAAGCCAAAGAAACUCUCCUCAUAUAGACAUCCAAAGUUCUGGUUCACUGUCUCAGCCCAGAAGCCAGACACCCUCUCUUCAGCCAGUCUAUCUUCCAUCCUUACCUGAACAUAGAUUUGAGACCUGUUCACCAGAGUUUCAAAGCCUUUCCUCUCAGCUCCAUAAUCCAUCACAUGAAACUCCAUUUUUAGGGCUGAGAUACCAGCAAUCACCAGAAGUACCCUCUACAGACUUAAAUCCCCUUUAUACAAAACCUGUUCCCAUAGACAGCGAAACUGAGUGUCCCUCAGGUUUCAAUACUGUAGGGUGCACAGGAAUACCGUCACCUACAGGUCUGGCAAGGGAAGCCGUGUCACCUUUGUUGAAUUUAGAGAGGAGAGAGGAAACAAGUGUGGCUGAGUUUAAUAAAGAUUUAUCAGUGGUGGAAGUUUGCACACCUAUAUCUUUCUUAUCAGAUAAAAAUUCCCACAACUACCAGAAACAACACAUCUCAGAAAUAGAGACAAAACAGGAAGAAUUCUGCAAAGAAAGAUCAGGUGUAGUCCUCUUAACUCGGGAAAAACUCAGUUCUCAAACCCCCUUUUCUGAGGAAGAAAUAACAUCUCCUUGUGAAACUACAAGCAACAGAGCCACACAUAAAGCUGUGUCUAGGGAACCUGUGCAAAAACAGGACAAUCUCCAUCUUCUGAUUGCCUCCCACUCUCCAGAUUUUGACAGUGAUUUUUGUCCACAAAGUUGGACUUACACCCCUCAGAACUCAAGAAGAAAACUUUUACCCAAAGUUAUACAAGAAGACAGAGAGAGGCUAGCAGGGGAUAUGUCCCGUCAUGUAAACAGAAGACAGACUCCUUCUCCUCCGCUCACUAGGUUUACACCUGUACACAUUAUAGCCCCACAGAAACCAUACAGAAAGUGGCAGAACAGAAGCAAUAGCCCCUCUCAAGUUUUAGAAUCCCCACUUAGUGGAAAUUUAGCAGAAGCAGCAACCCACAGGGAAAGCCCCAAUGUUGACCCUGUUGACAAUAAUAGCCAGGCCCAGUGGGUCAGACCUGGAAAGCAAUUGGAGAUAGACAGUGACAUGCCACUGGAGCAGGAGAGGGAAGAAGUUAUGGAAGGGCAAAUGGAUAAGGGGAUGAACAGGGAGGGAAAGAGGGAGGAGCAGCCUCCUGAUAGGGAGGGUUGGCAGGGGGUUACCAGUUACAGAGGGGAACAGGUUGAGCUGUCAUUCAAUCCCAGGAAUAGAAAAGGACCUGUGAGUCACGGUGCAGCUCCCACAACCAGAGACACCCGCCAGGGACUGCCAACAGCAUAUUCUUAUUCAGAGAGUCUUCCUGCAACAAGACAGUCACAGCAGCAACAGAGUCGGUUUAAACUCUCACCUAAGCCAGACCCCAGUGGUUGCAGCAGCAUCAGAAGACUUAAACCCCCCACAUCCCAGGAUAGGAGAAGUGCGCCUCGACGUGUGGCCACUAACAGGCAGUGUCCAAGCUCCAGCUCCAGUAUGGGAAGUGAACUUGAUGAAGCAGACAAUGAAGUGAAGUGGCUUACCGAUGCUGCUUUCCGCAGCCUCUCAAGUCCUGAGGUAGAUUACCUUGAAAUGUACAACUCCAGCCACUGUUCAUCUGCAAACAUUUCUCAGCCAUCUACUCUCGACAGCCCUGCUGGGCUCAAUGCUGCCUGGUUGUCAUAUGCUGACUUCAAAGGCUCUGCACCAAAGCUCGACCUUGAUGAACUCUCUUCUCACCAGCAGUAUUCUCACAAUUUUGAUUGCCUGGAUCCAUCAAAGAGAUAUGAGUUGGGGAGCUUUGAAUGCAUUGAUGUAGCUGUGGAAAGGGAGGACAGCAGGAAGGUGAGAAGAGGUGUACCAAAAAGACAGAUCCAGCUGAAGAGACGGAAUAAUACAGAAGGGAAGCAAGAUGAGAGCAGUGAAACUAGUAGUCCCGGGUUACCAGCCAUGGUGGAGAGCCCCUCUCAAGAAAUUCAUCCAAGAGGGAUCUUUGUGAGACAGCACAGUACACCAGCAGCAAUACAAAAAACUCCCACUUCUGAUAGCAGCUCUGAGAUACCACGGCAAAAAGGAAGACAGUUCAAACUCCAGAAAUCUGCCUCUAUGGAUGAAACAUGCUCUAAAACCAAGAUUGCCUCAUGCCAUAUCAAGAACGUGUUGUCAAAGAAGAUGCAAGUAGUUGACAGACAGCCGGAUCAGCAAAUAAGAGGAGAAGGUAGCCCACCAACAGAGAGUGGGAUGGCACCAUCUGAAGAGUCACUGAAACUUGACUCUAGCAAUAUGAGUUCCAGUCUUCAGUCAGAUCACAGUCUGUCUUCUGGGGGACUUUUACUGAGGGAAGAGUCAGGCAUGAAGAAUCAAAACACUGUUCCAAAGGACCAUGGAGUAAAAUGUAGUUAUAGGCCAAGUUCAUCCAGCAGUUGCAGAAGUGUUACAUUUCCCCAGCUUGAUUGUGAAGAAGGUGAAGAAGAAGAUUCCCAAACAAGAAGUACAAAAUCAACACCUUCGGAGGUUAAAUCAAAAAUCAAUACACAGUUUGAAAGCGACAGUGCAGAUUUACAGUGCUGGAAAACACAUGAAAGGGUAGCCUGUGAAUCAGUAAAAGCUUCUGCUUGGGACACAGGAGCCUCCUCAGCAAAUGUUGCCAACAACAUGCAGGCAAGAGUGACCAACAAAGACCAAGAACAGGAAAACAAUAAACAACACAGACAAAUGCUGCAAGAAGAAACAGAUGACUACACAUCUAAAAUGCAGGAGAUGGCACUCAAACCUGUUGAAAAAAAGAAGGCCUCACUAAAAGUCUGCCUGACACCCGAGGCAGAAAGCAAGCCCUUUCCACCAGACACAUCUGCUGGAGAGAUGGAAAAGGCAGAGACCAAAGUCGAAGGCAAAAUACAAGUAGAGGGGCAUGAUGAGGACGGUUUUAAGGCUCCCAUUCAUAAAGUUAGAGAUGUAAGGCGGCUUGUGAAAAAUACUUACAACCUAUCAUUCAAGGCGGUUAGUCCUGUUAACCCAUCAAAUGUUAUUGAAGAAAGUUGCUAUGAGAAAAAGAUGGAGAAGGUAUCAGCAACGAAGGGUGGAAAUGUGUUACAGGAAGUAAGCAGAGAAGAAAAGAGAGAGGAAGGAGAAGAAGAGCUCAGGAUACUGAGAACACAAGGCCAUAAAGAGGAGGCGAAAGAUUCAGAGACUCCGGUAUUACCUGAUUCUGCUCAGAACAAAAUUAAUUCUCAGCUUUGUCUGCAACCUAUGCAAAUUGAAUGCAAGGCUGUUUGUUGGAAAGAUGACAAAAAUAAAAUGUCAAGCAUCAAGAAAGACUUCGACGAUAAACCCAAAAAUUCUUCAGCAUCUCCUCCAGAUGCAAACUUAAUUUCAAACACACUAAAACACACAAGGGAAGAUAAGAUGGUUGAGGAGCUUGACAGAUGUGAUAUCAGCCUCUCAGCAUCAAAGAAAGAGACUGUGACAGAUAUCCUGAAAUUGCCAAGUAGUGAGGAUAAGCCUGCAUUGGUUAGAACAGACCAAAAAACCCCCAUGCUCGGAAACAUCCCGAAGGUACCAAGUAAGGAGAGAGAGGUGUCCACUGCUGUAGUUUUGAUAAGAGAGAAGUCAAAUAAACCCAACUUGUCGGCAUCUUUAACCCAUGAGGAGACCUCUACUUUACUCAAAGCUCCCGCUUCCCUCUCACCAGGGCCCUCUGCCUCUGGCGGAGUGGUUGGUGGUAGUGGUGGCCACUCGGUUUCAAUGCUUUUAAAGGAGAAAGGUUAUCAAGCUGACAUUGGAGCAGUGAUGGGUGACAGUCAGAACUCCUCUAAAGUGAAAGAAGUUCCCUGUAAGCAUGUUAACUCACUGGAGAUCCCUCUUCAGACCAUCCAUCCUUCAGAAAGAGGUUUUCCUGAGUCUCACAGAGAGAGAACAUGCUCCUCCUCGUCCACCACUUCUGGCCCCUCGGGAACAACUGAAAGUGUAGAAGUCUUCAAAAAGCCAGUAGAAGAAGAGGAAUUAAGCAUUAAGCCUCCAAAGAAUGUUACUGAGAGGACAAAAACGGAAACAAAGGAGCAUACGACAGUACCCACCAAACAAAAAGACACCAUAGUAGAUUUUGAAGCAGUCAAAAGACUAGAUCCUACUUUUCCUCCGAGGUCCCCUGCAAUACGAAGAUUCAAACCACAGCCCAGUGACACCAGGUCACCAUUGAAAGAAAUAGAGAAAAAGGAAAUAUCCAACUCCUCUAAGGGAAACCAUAGACCUCAAACGAUUGAGGUGAAAUCCAUAGCUAAACAUGUUCAAAAACCAGUUGUGCCCCCAAAGCCAAACUGCAAAUUUAAGCCUGGGAAUUCAGGUAACGGGGCAAAUGAAGCACACAGAACGUCAUCAGCCUCAUCUGCUGGAAAACAAAGAAAUGAGGAGAGACCUCAGACAAUUGUAGUGAGCUCACCAACAGUCUACAGGAAGAUUUCCAAUGAGGCUGUCUCAUCAUCAAACUAUUCAAGAAAACUUGCUGUAUCAGCUGUGUCAAGCCUUAAACCUCCACCUCACAGGACAGCAGCCCCUGUCUCCAGUGUCUCCAACGCGUCAACAGCUUUUUCAGGAACAGAGGCAGCUACUGAUAGAGGUCAACACCAACCAUCUGCUGCUCCUCCUCAGAGCACAAGGCAUGCACAGAAACUGGCAUCUCCAGCUACAUCAGACACAGUUUUAGGUGUUGCCUCACAACUUGUUCCAGAGCCAAAUCCAAACCAAAACACUGGAUCUAUACUAUCUGAAGCUGAGCAGUCAACCUCAGGGGACCCAGACAGUCAACUGCAGUACUCUGGGGAAACGUGUGCCCAUGAGCAAACUAGGCCGGUUACCUCCAGCACUGUAAAACAAGUGCCUUCCAUUACUUCUACACAAAGGUACACCCAUCACCCAUACAGCAGAGUGCCUCCCAGUGAUGUCCAGAGGAUAGACGACCACAAUUUUUAUGCCUCAGAUGACCCUCCAAGCUAUGAUGAAAGAGAGAGCUUCAGUCCCCUCUUGCUGCCUGAUUUGACUUCAGUGAGGUCUAAUCAGUAUCAACCUUCGUCCCUUCCUCCCUGUUCCUGUGGAGCUAGUUACUCCUCUCACUGUGGUCCCACUUCUCCUAACCAUCACUGCAGUCCCCAUGACCUAACCCCACCCUGCCUGUCACACUCUCCAGGAUCAACAUUUCCUUACCAAAUGGCUCAGCCCCCUCUUCCCCCCCAUCACUGUAGACCCGAACACCAGCCAAUAGGUUACCAACCAAGAUCUCCAAAAUCAAGCCCACUUGGUCCAAAUCCCCCACCGUCCAUGUACCAGUCUAUCCAUCACUCGGCUAAUUGUGCCUCCCAUCCCUCCCUUGUGCAGAGCUGUCCUGCUGACCGCUCACUUCCACUACAGCAGCAUAUUGGAGCUAGAAGGCCUCCUGUCCGCAGAUCUCCUCAUCAACAGCCAGCAGGCCUAACUGGGGUUCCUUACAGCGAUCCAGGCCACAGUCACUCUCCUGGUCUGCCUCCUAUGGACCCUCAGUACCUUUGUGGCCCCCAAAACAUGGGACCCUCCUAUGGUUCAGAAUAUGGUGGUGACAGCUCUAGUGUUUAUUCAGAAGGUAGCUUUGCACAACCACCUCGUAGAGUGCUCCUUGAUCCUGAAACAGGAAAGUAUUUUUAUAUCGAGGUACCUGUGCAACCACUAAGGAAAAUGUUGUUUGACCCAGAGACUGGCCAGUACGUAGAAGUGCUAAUCCCACAGCAAGCUAUAUCUCAUUCAGGCCUGUACCCUCCCACUGCUGCCCCUUUCCCACCACUCCACAACCCAAACAUCUAUGCCCAGGCCCCUCAGUAUAUACCCUGUGCUGCUCCUCCAUUAGCACACCCCCAGGCUCAGCCUCAACCACCCCAAUAUCCUGACGCAUCUGCUGCUCCUACUGUGCAUCCAAGUGGGCCUGGGGUCAACUACAGAAAUCCCUCAGGACAGGGAUCUAAGCAAGAACACAAAAAACACCCCCAAUUGGACCAAAGGUACCCAGAGAAUAUGUAUUAUGUCCAAAGUGUGAUAAAUGCAAGCCCAAAUACCACCCCACCAGAGUAUUACCACAGGCAUCCUUCCAGCUUACCCCCACCUGGGGGGAAAAGGUCCUGAAAUAGAGGGCAGAGGCCGCCUUGCUGGAGCCCCUACAGUUUAAAAUACACUGUGUAUAAAUGGGGCAUCUAAUGUUAGUCUGAGAUGUUAUUUGAGUUUGAAGACUAAAAUUCUUUGGCUGUUGUUUAUUUGCUGAUUCUGCUUCCACAAAAAAGAUUUUUAGGUUGGUGGCUUUGAAAAUACACUUGUGUGGGCCUUUUUUAUGAGCGGUUUCUAUUCAAUAUUACCUAAAUUUUUCUAUUUAGGUCAACUAAAGUGAUGCACAAGAGCAAGAAAUCUGUGGUUGUAGGAAUUUACUGUUGUGCCUUUCUUUUUCAAAUGUCCACAGAAACUUGAAAAUGCGGUAUGAAAAGACCUCAUAUUUAUUUUGAUAAUGCAUCAACACAGGUUGAAUGACUUUGUGUGCUCGAUGUCUACAAUUCAAUGCAGC